AGAGCGGCAUGUUCGGCUGCUGUACUUAGCUACCGCUGGUACUUCAACAACAUAUCUUCUUGUUUAUUUUAUUUUUUAAGUAUUUCAAGCGUAUUUCAUAUGGUGAAGUAGCAUCAAUACCAAUAUAUAUAUAUAUAUAUAUAUAUUUAUAUAUAUAUGUAAGCAUUUUCAGGUAUUUGCUGCAUUCUAAGGUUAAAAGCUUGAGAAAUGAUGGACCGGGUUAGCUUUUAGCUUUGUUGAUGUCUGUUGUACUGAAUCGUUCAGGGAAUGAAUGAGCGCCUGAGAAUAAGUAAGCGGUAAUUCUGCUUGACAUAUUGUAAAACGCAUUUAUCCACGGCUUAAUAAACGCCAUAUAACAAUGGCUACCGGUGCUGAUGUUCGGGAUAUUUUGGAACUUGGCGGAGCUGAAAACGAUGGUCCCAUCAGUAAGAAAGAUCUCAUCAACUCGGACAAGAAAAAGUCCAAGAAAGCUACGGAGACGUUAACCUUCAAAAGACCAGAAGGAAUGCACAGAGAAGUUUAUGCUCUGCUUUAUUCAGAUAAGAAAGAUGCACCCCCUCUGCUGCCUAGUGACACCACUCAAGGUUAUAGGACUGUAAAAGCCAAACUUGGAUGUAAAAAGGUUCGUCCCUGGAAGUGGAUGCCUUUCACCAAUCCUGCUCGCAAAGACGGAGCUAUAUUCCACCACUGGAGACGGAUGGCUGAGGAGGGAAAGGACUACCCUUUUGCUCGUUUUAACAAGACAGUGCAAGUGCCAGUAUAUUCAGAGCAAGAAUAUCAAAUGCAUCUUCACGACGAUGGCUGGACUAAAGGAGAGACGGACCACCUCUUUGACCUCUGCAAACGUUUCGACCUGCGCUUCGUUGUUAUCCACGAUCGCUAUGACUACCAGCAAUACAGAAAACGCUCCAUAGAGGACCUGAAAGAACGAUACUAUAGCAUUUGUGGUAAGCUGACCAAGGUCCGUGCAGCAUCAGGGACUGAGCCAAAGAUCUAUAUCUUUGAUGCUGGCCAUGAACGGCGCCGCAAGGAGCAACUAGAGAAGCUAUUUAAUCGCACACCUGAGCAG